AUGUCAGGAAGCACUGCCGCCGCCAGAAUUUUUGUGUUUAUUGCAAGCGGGGAGGCCAUAUCGUGCUCGAUUGUCGUCAGCGACAACACAAUUAAGCCAGGACAGCCAGUGGAGCUGGUGGUGGGCUUAAUCAGGAUCGCCCAUGGGAACAACCAGCAGCUGCUGCUGGCGGCAAUGGACAUGGUGAUCGGAGGUGGGAUCGCCUGGUAUCUGCUCGUACUUGGACGCAUCCUCAGCACCCUGGCGAGACGAGCGAUGGCGGAGCUCGUGGUCGGCCAGCAUAUGCCGUGGAACCUGCUGCUGCUAGUGGGACUUCUUUCUCGGCUGCCGACGUUGAACAAAUGGUAA